UGUAUAUGCUAAAUGAAAGCAGGUCGCUAUGAGCCAUACGCAGUGUAAUAUCUGUGGAUGACUUACAAACAUGGUGUAGGGUCUGAAAUCUGCCAGUAAACGUAAGUGACUGCCUGGUGUCUCCAUCAGCGGCGGAAUACACCUGACGUGACGAACUAACACCAGGGAGUUUGGACAGGCCACAGCCUAGCUAGUGUUUGGCUGGGUUCGAACAUGGCUCUGUCAUUCCUUUUGGUGUUGGCUGCAACUGUGAUUCUUAUCAGACCUGAAACACCUGUAACUAAGGCCCUACACCAGAAUUCACUCGAGUGUUGUGGAGACAAACAGAAAGUGAACAAUACGUGUUCAAAUGACACUCACUGUGAACCAGGAUGCUUUCUUCGUGUCCUGGAAAACAGCAACACUGUUUGCAUAUUCUGUGACUCAUCAGCUGUGGAUCUGGAGAACAUUACAGCCUGCACCUACAACUACACAGUGGAAAGGAGAAAUCACACAACUGUAACUACUGUCAUUCCUAAAAUUGGAGGGCCAGGUGUGGCAGCAUCUCUUCUUCUGGGAACACUGUUAAUCAGCUUGUUCCUGAUUCUUUCUGUUGCCUCCUUUUUCUACCUCAAACGCUCCAACAGACUCCCAAGCAUUUUCUACCGCCGCAACAAAGCCUUCAUAUUUCAGCCAAGUGAAACAGCAGUCAUGAUUCCUUCCUCAUCAGUGAGGAAGCCAAGAUAUGUCAGAAGAGAGCGGCCGUCUGCGACAUCAACACUAAACAGUGCCACCAUACCCACCACCUCUACCACUCACGUCUAUAAUGUCUAGAAGGAGGGUGUCAGGUAGGAGAGAAAACUCAGGAACGAUGUUGGACUUUUUUUUUUUUUUAUUAUUGUGUGAAAAAUGAGCAGUAUGAAGAAAGACCAGCUGAGUCGUAGAUAGGCAGCCGAAUAUAACUGUAGCUGCUUCUGCUGUAUUCAUGUCACUAGGGCUGUAAGUAUUUCUGUAUGUAGGCUCAUGGGGGGGUUCAGUACCUAAACUGAUAGUCUUCUUCAUGCACUCUCUGUUGUUCUGUUCCUUUUUUUUUUAAAAGAAGCAAACAAAAGAUGACCAAAAUGUCAUUAUUUCGUAAUAGGUUUAGUUGAAACAUGCAGUGUUUUUGUUUCGACAACAUAUACAGCAGUGUUUUGGCAACUGUGAUCCCCCUCAUCACUCAUAAUCACCUCCUCCCCUUUUGUUUUUACUGUUUUCAGCCAGCUUGAAAACUUAAAGCAGUAGUUUCUCAUUUUGCCAACUAUUCUGUACCCACUGAGAGGUAAAUGGGAAGAUUGACACAGCUCACACUUCUGUCUAUUAAAUAUAAAUGUUCAUCCAGCAGACAGCUACUCUGACUUUGCAUAAAGACUUCCUCCUGUACUGUCAUUACUGAGGUUGCCGGGCAGCCAGCGGACUCGGUGCUAAGCUAAAUUAAUCGUCUGCUGACUCCAGAUUUAUAUUUAAGAGGCAAAUAUGAGAGCAAGCGAGUGUAUACCAAGCUUAUCUCCUAAAAUAACAAACUAUUCCUUUAAGUAAUGAAUAAACAGUCGUGCCUGUUUAAUAGGAUUAGUUGAGCCAAGUCAAGUAACAAUGACUAGUGACAUUUGGUGGAGUUUCAUAAUUUGGAUGGUUUUACAUGUGAUACGUAUUUGCUUUUUUGUAACUGCACUGAGUUUUAUCGAUGAGCGACAGGCCAAUAGAAUAAAUGAUGUAUGUAAUAUCCUUCUGGUGGAGCGGAACAUUUUAGAGAGGUUUGUCUGUUUUAUUAAUGAUUGUUUGUAUUAUUGCAUUUGUAUUUAUUUUGUGAAGACUACCAAGGUGAAUGUAUUCUACGUGUAGAACAAAACAUGCCACGCAGCUGCAUGGAUCAUUCCACAACACAGUCAGUUGAGAAAAAAGGUCAUUUUAAAUCAGAACACGUUUUUACAUAAGUCCUGCAAAAUCCAAAUGUUGAUUCAUGAAGUAAAAGGAAACACCAAUAGGUUUAUCUUUUAAAACGCAUAAAUACAGAAUCCCUGUGCACUUUACGCUAUUUAUCUGAGGACCUUAAGCCUGUUAGAAAAACUUGUUGCCAUUAAGUGUAAUUGAAACUGUUUUGUUGCAUAGCUGCACUUUUGAGCAUUACUUGACUACUGUUAUUUUUGCCAAAUGUCUGAAGAAAGUGGCUUUAGCUGUGAUAACUGUGCCAAUGUGAGCUUUAAACAGCCAUGAUACAUUAAAACCAUGUCGUAUCUAUAAUGAAAAAUUCAAUAUUUGACUUAUAUCCAGUGGCCUUCUAUUUUAAAGGCUAUUUACCCAAUUUCUUACAAGAUCAUAUUUUAUUUCUAAUUCUUUUAUGUCAUUACAACACUAAGACUAUAAACAGUCACUUUCCUCUUCACUAAAUGUGGAGAAAUCUGAAGUGAUGUCAUUUCCAACCAGAUAAAAAGUAUAUGAUCGAUAUUCUCCAUUUUUGCCUCAUGUGUUCGCUGUUGUACAGACAACCAUAUGAAUAUGUGUACAUAUUUUAUACAAAUGAUGUAUUGUUUUUGUAAUCAUGUACAUAUUUUUGUUUCAUUGCCAUGAAGAAUGUACUGAAUAUGUAUGUAAUGUUUGCAGAAAUAAAGCACCUUUCCUUCUAUAA